UUCCCGCGUCGCCAGGCCCCGCCCCCUCGCCGCCAGCCCCGCCCCGCCCCUCGGCCCCGCCCCCGCUUGGCGGAGCGACCCCAGCAGUUGGGUCCAACCUGCAGCUAAGGCGUAACUGGUACUCAGGCUGCGCGGAGAGUGGACCCAAGCACCGAGCUCCGGACGCUGGGACAGCUGCGUCCUCCUGUUCACAGGCCGCCCGCAGACCGCCCCCGCCACGUGCGGGCCACGACGCCCCCCGCAGGACCCGCCCGUCGGCCCCGGGACGCCCGAGCGGCUCCUUCCCGAGGUCCAUGCCCACCCGGGGGCCCCCCCACACCCACGGCUCCCGGGGGGACCUGCAGUUCCGCCCGCCUGGCCCAGGGCCUCCGCCAGGAGCUCCCAGGGCAAGGCCCAAGAAGAUUGUAUUUGAGGAUGAACUGCCCUCCCGGACCUUCCCCUGCACCAAGAAGCCUGUUGAAUCCAUCCCUGGGGAGCAUAUGCCUAGGCCCCACCCAGUGCCCGACUAUGAGCUCAGUAAGUACCCACCAGUGAGCAGUGAGAGGGAGCGGAGUUGCUACGCUGCUGUGUUCCAGGACCAGUAUUCAGAGUUCUUGGAGCUCCAGCAGGAGUUGCGCUCUGCACAGGCUAAGCUCCAGCACCUGGAAGCCCUGCUGACCUCACUGCCCCCACCCCAAAGCCAGAAGGAGGCUCAAGUAGCCGCCAGAGUCUGGAGAGAAUUUGAGAAGAAGCGGACGGACCCUGGCUUUCUGGACAAGCAGGCUCGCUGCCGUUACCUGAAGGGCAAACUAAGGCACCUCAAGGCGCAGAUCCAGAAAUUCGACAGCCGAGGAGACAGCGAGGGCUCUGUGUACUUCUGAGCAUCCUGACAGAGUGAGCCCGCCUUGCGCUCACUUCUCUCUCUACCUCCCAGCCUUAGUUCCUGCUCUUCCCCCUCCUAGGGUAGCCUUCCCUGGUUGCAAAUGCCUCAGCCUUUGAGGCUUUGGUCCUGAUGACCUCCUACUCCAGGAAUUCUUCCCAGGACCUCCUCCAGGACCCCCAACCUUGACCCCAUGGGGACCCUAGAUCUCAACUCGUCCUCUGGAAGCAGGUCCUGUUCCCAAUCCCAAUGGAAUAAACAUUUCUUAAAUAUAUACUA